AUGGGUGCUCUGUGCGGUAAGGAAGACCACUUCGACGCGCUCGAACGGCACUCGUCAGGGAAUCGUCUCGGCGCCCCCACAUCAGCAACACCCGCCUCGAAGCCCGCCAACGCAGCAAGCGGCCCAUCAAAUGUCGGCAAGUCGGUCUCAACAAGUCCACCACAGCGGCUAGGCGGGAACGAAGGCGGGACUGGCGAUGAGGCUGAGGCGAGACGGCGUAUGCUCGAGGCUGCGGAGGCGCGGAACAAGGCGUCCGCACAACGAGGCGCGCCUUCGGGAGGCAAAUUGUCGAAGCAACUCGCCGGCCAAGCCAAGGACGGAGGGAGGGCUCAGGAGGGACUGGCAGAAGCGGGCAGGCGGGAGCAGCAGCUAGUCUGGGAUUGA